AAUGUGAAUCAAAAAGCCUUAAGUCUUCAGCUGUAUUGCAUGGUGUAAGAAGAUACCUUUAUUUGGGCAACUAAAUUCAGGCAAAAAUGUCUGCAGCAUGCGACUUCGUUGCACUCCACACUGGGCAGAAGAUGCCUCUCAUAGGACUGGGAACUUGGAAAAGUGAACGUGGCCAAGUGAAAGAAGCAGUGAAAUACGCCCUAAGUGUGGGUUAUUGCCACAUCGAUUGCGCAGCAGCUUACAGCAAUGAAGCAGAGAUCGGUGAGGCUUUCCAGGAAUGACUUGGGUCAAGUAAGGUUAUUAAAAGGGAGGACCUGUUUGUAACAUCAAAGCUCUGGAAUACCAAGCACCACCCAGAAGACGUAGAGCCAGCUCUAAGGAAAACACUUGGAGAUUUGAAACUGGAUUACCUGGACCUCUACCUCAUGCACUGGCCUCACGCCUUUGAACGAGGGGACAAUCUCUUCCCAAAGAAUCCUGAUAACACGAUGCGUUACGAUUACACCGAUUACAAGGAUACCUGGAAGGCUAUGGAGAAGCUGGUAGAAAAAGGUCUUGUGAAAGCCAUUGGGCUGUCAAACUUCAACAGUCGUCAGAUUGAUGAUAUACUAAGUGUGGCUGCUGUCAAACCAGCUGUGCUCCAGGUAGAAUGCCAUCCUUACCUCGCUCAGAACGAGCUGAUAGCUCACUGCCAGAAACGAGGACUGGUUGUCACUGCCUACAGUCCCCUUGGUUCUCCAGAUCGCAUGUGGAAACACCCAGAUGAGCCUGUGCUUCUAGAAGAACCUGGGAUCAAAAAACUGGCAGAAAAAUACAGCAAGUCACCUGCACAAAUCAUCCUCAGGUGGCAAGUGCAGCGUAAAGUGGUUGCCAUUCCCAAGAGUGUCACUCCUGCUCGCAUUCAGCAGAAUCUCCAGGUGUUUGAUUUCAGCCUCACAGAAGAGGAGAUGGGCCACAUUGGAAGCCUGAAUAAAAACUGGCGUUACAUUGUGCCAAUGAUUACGGUGAAUGGAAAGCUAGUAGCAAGAGAUGCUGGACACCCCCAUUAUCCCUUCAAUGACCCCUAUUAACUACUAGAAAAUAAGGUGUUCUCUGCAUGCUCUUCCACAAAGUAAUUGUUGCCACAAUUUGUCAAAAAACCUGUCCAAAUAAAACCUUCCUUCCUGAGUAGGUUUACUUA